CCAAAGUGUAUUCUUAAAACCCAAAUAACCAAUAUUUUUUAUAUUUUGUCGUUUGUUUUAAAUAUUUAAUUAAAUAAAGUACAACUAAGCAAUCUAAAAAAGGGUUUCAUUUUAGGGGAUAAAUAUUUAUUUUUUUAAGCAAUAGUAUAUUUCCGCUAAGAAACGAAGUAGGUAUCUGUGAUUUUUUGCCAAUUAAACUUAACGAAUUGAACGAAAGAAUAGAAUAAUCAUAAAAGAAAAUUAAAAUUCUGGCAGAGUUCUAUAUCAGUAGUAACGAACAAUAAAGAUAAUCAAAAGAAGUUCACCAUCUGUUGUAAAAUUAUCUUUUGAUUUACACGAAUUGUAAUUCUUUUUUGUAUAGUAGUUCAUGUAGAAGUAGGAAAGUUAAAAUGUUCCAACUAAAUGGUUAAAAAUGAAAUUGUCGAGACAUUUGAGAAAAUUUCGUCCAUUACCAACACAAAAUCUGCCAAAAUCCAAAAAUUAUAUCUAUUUAUUCCUCAUAUUUCUAACCGCAGGACUGCUAUAUUUAUACUCAUACCCUUUAGAGGUAAACUCCAACAUAUUUGUCAUUCAAAGCAAUGAUUUAGGGGUAGUGUCAGACACGCUUUCAUCCAAUGAGGACUCUUCAGUGAUGGUUAUUACUUUUCUCAAGACUGAAUCAGAAUCUCACACAACAACUGAUAAACGGUCAGAAUUUAAAAGUGAAUUCGCAGAAAUUGUUGAUUCAAAAUCUUCACCAAUCAUAAAUGCUCUUAAAGAAAUCUCUGAAUUGAACCCGUCACCAUCUGAAAAUGAAUUAACGAAACUUUCUGAAUUUACUGAAAUUUCUAUUGACGAACUUACAGAAUUUUCGGCUACGAAGCUCUUAAAAGAAACUGAUUCAAGCUCAUCGAGUAGUAUUUUAAUAAAUGAAAUUACAAAAAUAAACGAAAAGUCUGUAGAGCCAAGGAGUGAAACCCUCAGACCUAAUUAUGAAACAGCAAAAGAGAAGAAAUCUACCGAAGCAACUAACGAUGAAUCUCUGAUUAUCUCAACUGAGUCAACAGUUUCAGUAAUUUCAACUGAUUCAACAAUUCAAAGUACAAAAGAAGAUUCAACCUCAUUGAAAGAUACAACGCUAAUAAAGUCAGUCGAGUCUUCUUCUACAAACUUCACCGAGACAGAAAAUGGAUUUUUAGUGUUUUCAAAAAACUGUAAAAUUCCUGAUAUUGAUCCAAUGCAUCCCAGCAUUCAAGAUUUAGUUAGUUUUUCUCCACCUUUGAAUUGUACUAAGGGUGAACCCAUUACAAAAACUGAAGGAAGUUUCCUAAUAUUGGAUAUGGAGGCCGCAGAGAGAAGAGGAUUUCAAAAUUUUACUUGUUGCUACAGAUACAUUAAAAGAGGUAAAGAUGGCGCAUCGGAUGACAAAAUAAAAUACGGAAAGUGCAGAAAAUUUUCAGAAAAGACCAAGAUCGAUGAUGAAUUCAUUACCGUGACUUGUGAAAAUUCCGAUCAUUACCAAAUAUAUAAAGAAUUCCACAGUUUCGUUCAGGACAAACCUAGCGUUGAGAAGCGGUGUGAGAUGCAAAAUCCUUCACCUUACAGUGUCUUGAUUGUAGGCAUCGAUUCAGUCUCAAGACUAAACAUGCACCGCCAAAUGAAUAGAACGGUGCGUUAUUUAGUAGACAAUAUGAAAGCUAUCGAAAUGUUAGGGUUUAAUAAAAUUGGCGACAAUACUUUUCCUAAUCUUGGCGCCAUGCUUUUAGGUUACGAUGAACGAGAACUGCCAGAAGUCUGUUGGAGUUCUGACCCCUAUGAACCUCUCGACAAAUGCAACUUUUUGUGGAAACGUUAUGCUGAAAAAGGUCACAGGACCUUCUUUGCUGAAGAUACUCCCCAUAUAUCAACAUUCAAUUACGUUAAAAAGGGCUUUUUCAAACAGCCUACUGAUUAUUAUUUUCGCCAUUUUAUUUUAUCGUACGAAGACACACUUGGCUGGAAAAAGAAAUUCAACUGCCACAGAUGCGUUGGGGGAAUAUCUGAGACGGAAGCUGUUUUGCACUGGACUGAACAAUUUGCCACUCACUUCAAAGAUAGGGCUUAUUUUUCACUUUCUUGGAUAAAUAGUAUGACUCAUGACUAUUUAGAUACUGGAUCUGCCGUCGAUUACUUGUAUGAAAAAUUUCUUAGAACUCUGCAUGAGUCUGGCGCACUAGACAAAACUAUAGUGGUUGUUAUGGCUGAUCAUGGCAUGCGUUGGGGAGAAAUUCGAACAACCUUUAUCGGCAGGCUGGAAGAAAGAUUACCAAUGCUAUUUAUGUUUUUACCGCCGGAUUUCCAAAAAAAUUACCCUCAAGAAACUAAAUCUUUAAGAACUAAUGCUCACAGACUGGUGACACCAUUCGAUCUUCAUGCCACUUUGCUGAAUAUCCUUCAUUUGCAAGAAGAUUGGUCCUUUUCCAAUCCAGAUAACGUUAGUGAAGGGUUAACCCAAACCUUCAUGAAAAGAGCGCAGUCUCUGUUUCGUGAAGUUCCCGAAGAUCGAUCUUGUGAAGAUGCAUCGAUUGAAGAACAUUGGUGUACUUGCGAAUCUGCUUUGACGAUUGAUACAGAUGACGAAAAUGUUCAGAAAGUUUCUGGGUUUCUGGUGGAAUACAUAAAUAAUUUGUUGCGGCCAGUUUCGAGUAUCUGUGCUACUUUGAACUUGACCCUUAUCAGCGAUGCAAGAAUAUUGUCACCCGGUACUGAACAUGAAGGUCAUUCAUCAUAUGAUAAUAUUUAUACACUGAUUCUGCGUACGUCACCGGGUGGUGCAAUAUUUGAGGGAACAGUACGCAUUUCUCCUCCCGAUUAUGAAUGCGAAUUAUUAGGAACUAUAUCAAGAUUGAACCUAUAUGGUGAUCAAUCUGUGUGUGUGAAUGACGCAAUUCUAAAGAAGUAUUGUUUUUGUACCUGAUGAAAUUUAUAUUUUCUUUAAUGGUUUCCAAAAACUGUAAGAUAAUAACAAAAACUGUUAUGAAUUCAAUCAUAAAUGUGAUAUGUAAAUAUAUUUAUAGGCUCUUUGAAGUAAUAUAUCGUGUUAUAAUACUCACGAUUAAAAUUAAAAUAAUAUA